CAAGCUCUUCAAGCCUUAGAGCAAGGCGGUGGAGCCUGUGUAUGAAGGAUUAACAGGAUUGACGGCAGCGAAGCCGUACCACAGACAGGUCAUCCAAAAUGGGAAACACGGAUUCUAAACUGAAUUUCAGGAAAGCUGUCAUUCAACUCACAACCAAAACUCAGCCAGUGGAGGCCACAGAUGAUGCAUUUUGGGAUCAGUUCUGGGCAGACAGCACCACGACGGUACAGGAUGUGUUUGCCCUGGUUCCUGCUGCUGAGAUCCGGGCUGUUAGGGAGGAGUCUCCCUCCAAUCUGGCAACCCUGUGCUACAAGGCGGUAGAGAAGCUGGUCCAGGGGGCAGAGUCGGGGUGUCCGAGCGAGCGGGAGAAGACGGUGGUGUUGAACUGCUGCCGCAUGCUGACGCGCAUCCUGCCCUACAUCUUUGAGGAUCAGGACUGGAGGGGUUUCUUCUGGUCCACAGUCCCGGGAGCUGGGCGAGCCGGGUUGGAGGAAGCUGAUGACGAUGAUGAUGAUGAAGGUGCUCGACCCCUGGCAGAGUCCCUGCUGUUGGCCAUCGCUGACCUUCUGUUCUGCCCGGACUUUACUGUGCAGAGCCACAAGAGGAACGGGCCGGACUCUGUGGAGGACAUGCACUCUCUGGAUAGCUGUGAGUACAUCUGGGAGGCAGGAGUUGGCUUUGCUCAGUCCCCACCACUUAACUACAUCCAUGACUUAAACAGGACUGAGCUGCUGAGGUUACUGCUGACGUGUUUCUCAGAGGCCAUGUACCUGCCUCCAUCUUCUGACAACAACAACAUUCUCAACCCCUGGGUCACCUUUUUCUGCUCCACAGAGAACAGACAUGCUUUGCCACUCUUCACGUCUCUGUUAAACGUGGUGUGCGCUUAUGACCCCGUGGGCUACGGCAUCCCCUACAACCACCUGCUGUUUGCGGACUACCGCGAGGCCCUGGUGGAGCAGGCCCUGCAGAUCCUCAUCACCACCCUGGAGCACGAGGGGGGCAGCGCCCCCCACCAGGCCCCCUCCCCCAGCAGCCUGGACGAGCAGGAGUCCGCAGGUCCAGAUAACCUGUUUGUAAACUACCUGUCCAGAAUCCACCGUGAGGAGGACUAUGACUUUGUUCUGAAGGGUCUAGCCCGUCUGCUGUCCAACCCCCUGACUCAGACCUACCUGCCCAACUCCACCAAAAAGAUCCAGUUCCACCAGGAGAUGCUGGUGCUCUUCUGGAAACUCUGUGACUUCAACAAGAAAUUCCUGUACUUUGUCCUGAAGAGCAGUGAUGUUCUGGACAUCCUGGUGCCUAUCCUGUUCUACUUAAACGAUGCUAGGGCAGACCAGUCUCGAGUGGGGCUGAUGCACAUUGGGGUGUUCAUCCUGCUGUUGCUGAGUGGGGAGAGGAACUUUGGCGUGCGGCUGAACAAGCCCUACUCUCUGUCUGUCACCAUGGACAUCCCUGUUUUCACAGGGACACAUGCAGACCUGCUCAUAAUUGUUUUUCACAAGAUCGUCACUAGUGGCCACCAACGCUUGCAGCCACUCUUUGACUGCCUGCUCACGAUUGUAGUGAAUGUCUCGCCCUAUCUGAAGAGCCUGUCCAUGGUGGCAGCCAAUAAGCUUCUCCACCUGCUUGAGGCCUUCUCCACCCAGUGGUACUUGUUCUCAGCCUCCCAGAACCACCACCUGGUCUUCUUCCUGCUUGAAGCCUUCAACAAUAUAAUUCAGUACCAGUUUGAUGGGAACUGUAACCUAGUCUACGCCAUUAUCCGCAAGCGCAGUGUGUUCCACCAGCUGGCCAACCUGCCCACAGACACCGCUUCCAUCCACAGGGCCCUCCAGAAGAAGAAGAAGACGCCGGACACCAUCUCCCGGACCAGCUCGCAGGAGACCGUGUCCAUGGAGGGCUCCCGCCCGGCCAUCCCCGCUGAGCCGGGCACACUGAACGCCAGCCUGGUGGCCAUGCCAGGUUCUCUACUCACCCAAACCCCCAACACAUCACCAGCACACGAUGAUCACGACCCAUCUGGCCCGUCGAUUCUAAGCUUUCCAGCCUACUACCUACACAUGAAAGCUUCUACCUAUUCCACCAUUGAUAAACUCACAGAGAAGUCACAGGUGUCGGAGGACGGCACCAUGGUGGCACUGCCACGCAUGGACUCUCCCAAGACAAGGGAGGUCGAACCCAGCGCCAGCGCAGGUGCCAGCGACACAGAGUCCAACUCAGGAAGAGACAAUGAGGAUGUUUUUUACACGGAGGCGGAGAUGGAGAGGCGUCGGCUGUCCAGCGCCUCCUCCGUCUCUUACUGGAACCCUACGCCCGAAUGGGUUCUGUCCUGGAAGUCGAAGCUGCCCCUUCAGACCAUCAUGCGCCUGUUGCAGGUGCUGGUCCCUCAGGUGGAGAAGAUCUGCAUUGAUAAGGGUUUGACGGAUGAGUCGGAGAUCCUCAAGUUCUUGCAGCAUGGCACUUUGGUGGGCCUGCUGCCGGUGCCACACCCCAUCCUCAUCCGCAAGUACCAGGCCAACGCCGGCACGGCCAUGUGGUUCCGCACCUACAUGUGGGGCAUUGUGUACCUCCGCAACGUGGAUCCUCCAAUCUGGUAUGACACGGAUGUGCGUCUCUUUGAGAUCCAGAGGAUGUAGAGUGGGAGAAGACCUGUCUGUCCAUGACUAGAGGAAUGGCCACCCUAGCAUGACCCUCCCUCUUAACGCCUGAACCUCAGUGUGUUGCAUCUUGCACUCUUCUUUCUCUCUCUCUCUCUCUCUCUCUCUCUCUCUCUCUCUCUCUCUCUCUCUCUCUUUCUCUCUCUCUCCCUGCCUGUUUUGUAUUGAUCUAAUCGUUUCUCUAUCUCAGUCUAAUCUCAUGUUACAGUAAGUCAUCCAUUGUGGCCUACUCCUGGUGCUUUGUGAUAGCUUUUCACGCAGGGGGUCAAAAUGAGGGUUAGCUUCAGCUAGUUAGCAUCUAUGGCCGCUACCAUCUUUACAAAUGCCAACUGACAGGUAUUCUCCUCUGGAAACAUUUUCACAAACAAGCCAGUUUGGUGCCUCAAUCCAGAUGGCCACAAAUGAUGUCAUCCAUGUGGAUUGUCUGAUCCUCCCAGAUUAUAAACGGCCAGAUAAUUCACCAAUCCACAGACAACAUACUUUUUUGCCCACCAGUAAUCUGGCACCUAAUUGGCUUGUGCCAUUUUUAAAGAUGGUGGCCGCCCAAUUAAGUAUGUUUUUAGCUGAAGUACCUAGCCAUUAAAAAGGAAUGGGGUAGAGAACUCCUCCCUGACUCCAAUUAUAUAUGUACCUCCAUGUUUUUACCCAUCUCAGUUUCCUUUCUCCUGUCUAUAGCUCUCUGUCCUCUUUUGGCCUUUGGGACAUCAGUCACAACUCACUAUUGGCCAGCAGGGGGAGUUGUGUUACAGGAGUUAUAUCUCCCUUUCCUGAAUUCAGAGCAUCACACACUUUCUAUGUAACUCUAAUUAAUUGUUUGUAUGGUUUAUCAGCUAAGACUUUUUAAGAUAAAAUAUAUAUUGUCUGUAUGCUUGCAUUUGUGUGUGUGUGUGUGUGUGUGUGUGUGUGUGUGUGUGCAUGUCUUUGUAUGCGUGUGUGUGUGUAUGUGUCUGAGUUUUGCCAUGAGGCUGGCAGCUUGGCAGUGUCUCAACAUUUUUUGUGACUAUUAUGGGCUGUGAGCUUGCUCUUGUUAGUGUCAGUAGUACAACCCAAUGCUGCAGUAGGUCUGUGAGGAUGUGUCAUGUGCUUCAGUAGGCUUACAGGCUUUCCACAUUUACCUACAGCUAACACUAACACACACUAAUACUGAGUGUACACUACGUGGAUUCAUGUUCCGUCGGUCGUUUAUAUACGGACAAAUUGUCAAAUGCAGGAAGGAAUUGUCUAUGUCAACUUGAGAUCCCUCUGGCAACUUUUGAAUGUUGAAUGUUUUGGACGAUAGUACAUCUGAACAGGCCUUCUUUACAGAAAGCUAAUUAUUUUCUGACAUGAAGUUCAACAUCGAUAAAGGCUGUUCAGCCUGAGAUACGUAGCUCUCUAUGUAUAGUGUGUAUUCAGCAGAUCUAAACCAAUGAAGACCAUGCGCUUGUGAUCUUACUAAGUGCAAACACACAGUUUGAGCUCUCUUUUUAAUUAAAGAACCUGAUAUUGAAAUGUGAAAAUACUGUUAAUUGCACUCUCGAGCCCCAUUUUGUCUGCUUUAUGAUUUGACUUGAUAUGACCUACUGUACAUACUGUGCUUAAAGUUUAAAGUAGUAUUUUUGUCUGAAUACAAAUAUAUCAUAAAUUAUUCCUUAACGAUG